GCGAUCAACAAGUUCAGCGGCGGCAUGGUGCUCGUGUCCCACGAUUUCCGUCUGAUCGGACAGGUCGCCAAGGACAUCUGGAUAUGCGACAAGAAGUCGGUCAAACCGUGGACCGGCGACAUCCAGUCGUACAAGAAGCACCUGAAGAAGGAGGUCAUGCAGAAGUUCAAGAAGUGA